AUGCUCUUGGCUUCGUCGGGGUUCCUCCUCUUGUCCUGUGUUCUGAUGUGCCCUUGCUUUUACGCGAAGAGGAAGGAGGAGCCCGAGAAUUCCUGCAAAGGAAGGAAUCUGCAUUCGAGUAUGUUGGCCAUUUCAACUCGCGUCAUCUGCUCUUCUUCUCUGUGUUGAAUUAUCUAAAAUCUUAAUUAAAAAGGUGAUGAUUGGGGGUCCCUUGUAGAUCACUGAAAUUGGUAUUUUCUACUGAUCAAAAUAUAGAUCAGUAAAUUGAACUCGACAUGAAUGGAUCAUGGGAUCUGCCUGGCUAUGGCAGAACCUGAUCAACCCACUCUGCCAAUCCUUUGUGAAAUAAUCGACGGAUGGACUUUAGAUUUAAGCAAAAUUACCGACAAACUCCACAUGUAAUGGAAUCCAGGAGCAGCUAUUCAUCUGCUUCCUCACCACACAACCUCAGAUGCAUGAUUUUACACCCUAGACCGAAAUUUGCGCUGCAGUUGCAUGUAAAAGAAUCAGCAUGGUGGAUAUGGAGAUUCCUAACGCUAAAUACUACACCCUGAACAUAUUUUUGUGCUGUGAUAGCAUCCAAUAGAGGUUGGUGCAUAUUGAUGAGAGAUCAUCGACCUUUUCAUUGUCAUGACUGUGAUUUCAGAAAGCCAUGAGGUUUCUGUCAAUAACCCACUUUGUUGCUGCAGUGGAUUUUGAUUUUAGCUCCCACUCCGAAAGAAACCCUGGAACGCCGCAUAGGGCAUUGGCCAGCCCACGACGUGCACCAGCCAGCCCACAGCGCAUCCCAGGCAGCCCAUUGCGUGCAACUGCCAGUCCGUUGCGUGUGCCGCCCAGCCCCUCGCGGUUUUCCCUGUCACCCCAGCUGAGCAGAGCCAGCUCGGUUCAUCUGACCUUCGAUCAGAUCGUCAAGGUCACCCAGAAUUUUUCAUCAUCACAGAAAAUUGGAGAGGGAGGGUUUGGAACCGUGUACAAGGCAGUUUUGCCAGAUGGGCAGACAGUAGCCAUUAAACGGGCGAGGAAGGUGACCAUCUUCCCUUUAUUUUCUUCUAAAAAUGCCAGCCUUAUGGUGAGAAUGAUCCACUGAUAAAUGACUUUUUGCAGGAACACUUUGCAGCUCUACGAACUGAAUUCAGUAAUGAAGUUGAUCUUCUUGCAAAGAUCGAGCACAGAUGUUUGGUGAAGCUCCUUGGUUUCAUCGACCAUGGAAAUGAGAAAAUUAUCAUUACUGAGUAUGUCCCCAACAGCACACUCCGGGAGCAUCUGGAUGGUAGGAUAUCUCUACUGCUUCUUGAUACGGUUUCUUUUUUUUUUCUUUAGUGGUUUAAAAGGUUUUUUCCGGCUGUCAGCUCCUCAGGGGGAAGUUCUGGACUUCAAUCAACGGAUGGAGAUAGCCAUUGAUAUUGCUCACGGCUUAACUUACCUCCAUUUAUAUGCAGGUGAGGCUGAUUUUGUGCCUUUAUGCAAAUACUUCUCAUCUUUUAUUGUAGAAUAUGAUUUAAGUGUAUGAUCUUAUGGAGCUUAUUUUAUUAUCUAAACCAAAGGUUAAUUAUUUAUCAUCCUUGUCAGAGAGGGUGAUAAUCCACAGAGAUAUCAAGUCCUCAAACAUCCUCAUCACAGAGAGCUUCAGGGCCAAAGUGGCUGACUUUGGCUUUGCUAAAGUCGGCCAUGGGGAUGCCGGGGAGACCCACUACUCGACCAAAGUCAAAGGGACCUUCGGAUACCUUGACCCAGAAUAUCUUCAGACGAAUCAGCUCACCCCAAAGAGCGAUGUCUUUUCCUUUGGGGUCUUGCUCAUAGAAAUCUUGUCUGGAAGGCGGCCAGUGGACCGUGGAAGACCUGCUGAUGAAAGGCUGACAGUCAAAUGGGUAUGUAGGACCCUGUUUACUUUCUCCAAAAUAGAAAAAUAUGUUAAUUUGAAUGAUUUUUUCUGCUUGAAAUUUUCAUGCUUAAAUUUUUCUUAAAAUUUCCUUAACUUUCCUUAUUUUUUGUUGCAUCUAUCAACAUUUUUUUUUUUUAGCAUUUGAGUCCACAACUCAUGUGGUAUCUCAGGCAGAUCAUCUGUGGACAUUGUUUGCUUAAACUCAACGCUGAGGAGUUUGUAGGUCUACUCCAUGGAUUAUUUUGAUUAUGUCAGAAACCGAUUUAUCCUGGAAUGAUCUGAAACUCUUGAUGUUGCGAAAUAGAGAAAACUUGUUAUUUAAUGGUAGCUUUGGAAAACAUUAUACUGCCCUCAGCUUUUUACCAAGUUUCUCAGACGUUGACUUUAAUUAGUCAAUGAGAAACCCGUUCAUUCAAGUUCUUCACCCACAUAUGGAGUUCAUAAAUCAAACUUCUUUUACCCGGAACUAACUAUUUUUUGUUGAACAAUCAAAGUAAAUGCUUGAGUAAUAGCAUCUACCCUGGAUUAUUUUCUUCCAAAAACAUUUCUUAUUCUGUUGAAAACCAAUGUUUAAUGGGGAAUCGGAUUUUGCAGGCGUUCAAGAAAUUCAAUGAAGGGAGGGUGAGGCAGAUCAUGGAUCCGCUGCUCAGAGAAGAGGUGGACGAGGAUGUGCUGUCUCAGCUAUUCACCCUAGCAUUCAGGUGUGCUGCCUCCACUCGUGGUAGGCGGCCUGCCAUGAACGAAGUCUGUCAGCAGUUGUGGGCAAUAAGGAAAGACUAUGGAAAGAGCCUCCAAAGAAGUUGA